AUAGCUCUCUCCCAACCCGAUUCCAUCCGAUCGACGACGUAUGGCUACGUUGUCUGGCCCGCAGUACCUCUCACAAGUGACAACUCACAAGGCUAGCUGCAGCAUGGAAUCCCUCGCCUUUGCUUCUCGCCUCCGCCCCUCCUCCAAUGUCAAUACGAUGAUGAUCCGACGGCGGCCAGCACCGGCUGAACAAAUAAAAACCGAUGCUAAUAUCCUCACCUCCCCCUCCCCCUCCCACCGCCGCUCUCCUUCUUCUUCAUUCCGCUCCUUCCGCUGCUCCGCCGUGUCCGCUCCCUCCGCAGUCGUCUCAGGCACAGCCACCGGCCGAAGACCUCUUGCCGAUUCCCCUGCCCGCCUCCCUCCGGAGCCGGUGACGGAGGGGGCGGACGAGUUCGCGGCGGCGGCAAAGAAAGGCUCAAACUUGGUGCCCCUCUACCAAUGCAUCUUCUCCGACCAUCUCACCCCGCUCCUCGCUUACCGCUGUCUCGUCCCCGAGGACGACAAGGAAGCCCCCAGCUUCCUCUUCGAGUCAGUCCAGCAGGGCUCCCAGGGAGCCACAAUGGGUCGUUAUAGCGUGGUGGGGGCUCGUCCGACGAUGGAGAUCGUGGCUAAGGAGAACGUGGCUACGAUAACGGACCACGAGGAAGGUCGGACAAGGGAAGAGACGGUGGAGGACCCCAUGCAGAUCCCCCGCCGCAUUUCUGAGACCUGGAGCCCCCAGCUGAUCGACGACCUUCCCGAUGCUUUUUGCGGUGGAUGGGUGGGGUUCUUUUCAUAUGAUACAAUGCGCUAUGUCGAAAAGAAGAAACUUCCAUUUUCCAAUGCUUGUCAAGAUGAUAGGAAUCUCCCCGAUGUCCACCUAGGUCUAUAUAAUGACGUAAUAGUGUUUGAUCACGUCGAGAAGAAAGCAUAUGUCAUUCAUUGGGUGCAUUUGGACCGUUACUCUUCUGUAGAGGAGGCCUAUAAAGAUGGCAGAGCUAGAUUGGAUGUUUUGCUGUCGAAAUUACACAACUUUAAUGUCCCUACACUUUCUCCGGGUUCUAUAAAAUUACAUACUCGCCAGUUUGGUUUACCCUUAAAGAAGUCAUCUGUGACAAGUGAUGAAUACAAGAAGGCUGUUAUGCAGGCUAAAGAGCACAUCUCAGCAGGAGAUAUAUUUCAGAUUGUUUUAAGCCAGCGUUUUGAGCGACGAACUUUUGCAGACCCAUUUGAAGUUUAUCGAGCGCUAAGAGUUGUAAAUCCUAGCCCAUACAUGACAUAUUUACAGGCAAGAGGAUGUGUUCUUGUAGCUUCGAGCCCAGAAAUCCUAACAAGCGUAAAAAAUGGAAAGAUUGUUAAUCGUCCACUUGCUGGUACUGUUAGAAGAGGCAAGACAGAGAAAGAAGAUGAGCUGCUGGAACAGCAGCUGCUGAAUGAUGAAAAGCAAUGUGCUGAACACAUCAUGUUAGUGGAUUUAGGAAGAAAUGAUGUCGGAAGGGUCUCCAAGCCUGGUUCUGUGGAGGUGGAAAAGUUAAUGAAUAUUGAAAGAUAUUCCCAUGUGAUGCACAUCAGCUCAACAGUCACUGGGGAGUUAUUUGAUCAUCUGACUUGUUGGGAUGUUCUACGUACUGCGUUGCCUGCAGGGACUGUCAGUGGAGCUCCAAAGGUGAAAGCCAUGGAGCUGAUUGAUCAGUUGGAAGCGACGAGAAGAGGACCGUACAGCGGUGGGUUUGGAGGAGUGUCAUUCUCAGGGAACAUGGACAUAGCUCUGACUCUGCGCACCAUCGUCUUCCCAACAGGAGCAUCCCAUAUGUAUUCCUCUUCCUCCUACGGUAACAGCGACCUUUACAAGAAAAAUAAGCGGCGAGAGUGGGUGGCACACCUUCAGGCUGGAGCUGGCAUUGUGGCCGACAGUAACCCCGAUGAUGAGCAGCGAGAAUGCGAGAACAAGGCUGCUGCUCUCGCUCGUGCUAUAGACCUUGCUGAAUCCGCCUUUGGACAUAAAGAGGCAGCACCAUUUUGGUAUCUGAACUCUGAGCAGCCAACAAAUAGUUCUUGCCCCUCAAAAAUGUGAGGAGAUAAAGGAGGAUAGCACCAGAAAUGCCUACGGUACUUGGUUGUUCAGUCUGAAAUUCAUGUACACUUAAUUUUUUGAAGUCUGCAAUUCAUGUACUAAAUAUUUGAUGUAAAUAAAUUGAUGCAUAUAAAAUUAACGGACCUCCAA